AUGAAUAAAGUCAAUAUUUUAUCAGAUAAUAUAAUUAUUAAAAUUUUUUUAAAUUAUUUUUUUGACUCCAAUUGCAUAACAUCAUGGGAUACUAAUAAUAAAGAACGUUUAAAACUUCAAUUAGUUUGUAAAAACUGGUGUAAUUUAUUAAGAAACUUUUGCAAAUCUUUAUCAUUAUCAAAGAGAAACAUUAUCCCAUUAUACUAUAAAAUUGAAAACUUUCAAAAUAUAAACCAUUUAGAAAUAUUGGAUGUAGAAUCCCCCGAAAUUGUCACAAAGAUUAUAUGUAAUAUUAUUGUUAACCCAAACAUGAAGCAACUAUCAUCAAUAGAUUUAUCUCUAUCAAACCUAUCAAACAUUCACAUUAGAUAUAUUUUAAAUGCAUUGAAAUUUAAUCAAACUAUAAAUGAUAUUAAUUUAGAGGGUAACCCAUUAGGUGAUCAAUCUAUAUAUGAUUUAUAUUGCCUAUUAAUAAAUAAUAAUAAUAUAAAAUAUUUGGAUUUGCAAAAUUGUGAUUCUAAAAAUGGUUUAGUAGUAAUUGGUAAUUUACUUGCAAAUAAAAAUUCAAUUUUAGGCUUAAAUUGGUCUAAUAACGACUCUAAUAAUUGUAUAGAUUUUUUAUGUGAAGGUUUAAAAAAUAAUAAUACCUUGACAUCACUUUCACUAAGUGGUUGCAACAUCGAUGAAUUGGGUGCUAUAAGUUUAGGUGAAGCUUUAAAAACAAAUAAAUCAUUAAGAUAUUUAAAUUUAUCAAAUAAUCAAUUUGGUGACAUUGGUUCCUUACACUUGGCUUUAAUUUUAAAAAAUCAUCCAACUUUGCAAUCUUUGGACUUAUCUUGUAAUAGUGUCUCAAUAGAAAAUGUAGAAAAAAUUAAAAUUAUAUUUGCAAACACCGGAAUCCAUUUAAAAAUUUAUCAAAACAAUUUUAAUAAUAAUUUUUUAAUAAUGUCAAAUAAUAAUAACAAUAGCAACCACACAAAUGGAGAAGAUGAAUAUUUUUUUGAUGAAAAUGAUAAUAUGGAAGUAAACUCUGGCAAAAUGUAUGAUUAUCUAUCAUCCCAUCAAAUGAUCAUAUCAUAA